AUGAUGGAACUUCUUGGAAUGAUGCCACGUAAGAUUGCUCUAGGGGGGCGUUAUUCCCGAGAUUUCUUCAAUAGACACGGUGAUUUGAGACAUAUCCGUCGGUUGCGAUUCUGGCCUUUAGCUAAAGUGCUCACGGAGAAGUAUGAUUUUAGUGAGAAAGAUGCAAGUGACAUGAGUGACUUUUUAGUUUCAAUCCUUGACUUUGUUCCUGAGAAACGACCUACAGCUGGUCAAUGCCUGCUACAUCCAUGGAUGAAUGCAGGUCCGCGAAUUUUGGAACCAUCGGUGCCUUCUUCUAAUCACCACCCUGUUGCUGAAACUGCUACUUCUGACCAGAAGAAUAAGGACAAAGAUGAAAGGGAGGCCAUGGAGGCUGGAAUGGGAAAUAUUGCUAUCAAUUCAGAUUUUAAACCAUCCAUGCAUUCACCCUCAAAUAAAAAGCCUCUCAAGGCAGCCGCAAGUAGUUCAUCUUGA